AUGAAAUCCAAGAAUUUAUGCUUUUUGUGGUCUCCUUACUUAUCCAUCCACCAUAAUUUUGGAAAUUAAAUGUUAAUUUAUAUAUAUAUUAUCUUGCGAAUAUAAAAUUUUAUUUCAUUUAGUUCUAAUUUAAAUCUCAAUCCUAGAGAUUUUCAAAAUAAAUAAUUAAAAAUGAAAUCAAAGUCAUAGAAAAAGCUCGUAUGUGUAGAACCAAUUGAUGAAGCAAAAACAUAAGAGCUGGUCGUUUAUUAUUGGAAUUAUGGAUGGGGGAAACAUAUGAAGAUCAAUAUUCAAAUAGAAGUUAGUUAAGAUAAUUAUAUAUUAUAUUAUAAAGAUGGAGCACUCUUAAAAAAGUAAUUUAUCAAUUAGUUCUAUAUAGGGAUGAGCAUAAACCACAAUAUGAGAUUAUUAAAAAUUGGUUUUAGAUCUAAAAUUUGCGUUUUAUUGGCGAUUACCAAAAUUUCAAAAAAUUUGGUAAAUGGAUUGCGAUUUUCGAUGGCAUUGAAUUAGGUGCUGGUUANUAUUUGUGUUGGAAAAUAUUAAGUGGAUUCCACUAUCUAUUAAUUGGUUUUAAAGAUGUAUGUGAUAAUAAUCCAUUUUCAUAAAGAUUUAUUGUUUAUGGAGACCUAUUGGAAUCCUGA